GGUUAUAUCAUAUUGUGAUUAUUAAUGUGUGUUUAAUUCGAAAUCAUGUGUGCGUUAAUGAAUAAUUAAAUUAGAGUGGUAAAGUUUUGUAGAAAAUGAACCUGUUGUGGUGCUGUCUUAUAGCAGCGUUCCUAGCAACAAUCAACGCUGCAAUCGAUGUUGAGAAGACAGUCAAACAAGUGCAAAGUAUACUAACAUCGAAUGAUCUACUACCAAGAUUGAGUAGAGACGAAAUAUUACAAUUAUUAAAUGAUAUACGAGAAGAAGAUGCCAAGGUAACAACGCCAAAAGUCCGGCUAACAUCGAGAAAACUAAAAACUACAACGCCUGAUAGAAUUGAAGAUGAAAAUGAAAUUAACCCAGUAACCCGGUCACCAGAAAAAUUCAAUGAAAAAACAGUACAGUUGUCAUCGACAACUGGAACAAAAAUAGAGAGCACUACAAAAUCUAGCGCCCAAACUUUAACUGUCGUGUUACCGUAUACGCCACGAGACGGGUCGUCUUUACAAGAGCUGUACACUCGUCCCCCACGAAUUGAAGUCGUCCAAGAAAACCUGACACCGAAACCUUUAAGAAAAUCAAAAUCAGCAAAAAGUCUUAAAGAAACAUUAACAAACAAUGCAAAGGUAGCAACUGAACCAAAAUCAGACUUUUCAGCUGAAUUACAAGCAUUUUUAGAUGCACAUGGCUUAAAAGGAAACCCAAUGAAAGAUCACUUUUUAUUACCACUCGAUGGUUUUAAGCCCCUACCCCCAGCUAAAAUUGUCGACGGCAAUGUAGAGCUGCCAGAAAAUAUUCUACUUACUUACGAUUUGAUUUCAGCUGCCGAUUUAAAAGCUGCUACCGCCAAUAAAAAUACAGAAAGUAGCUUCCUAUAUGAGCCGUUGCAUCCAGAAUUUCCAUUUGAGCUGGAGACAGCUGCAUCAAACUCCAAGGAAACAGUGUUGCCUCUUGAUUUACCGGUAAGAAAACCAAAAUCCGUUCCACAACCCAACUACGAACCAAUUGACUAUGAUUCAGUCAAAGUAAUUCCUUUAAAUAUAGGGCUUGAUCCAAUAGAACAAGAAAAAGCGGUAUUGCAAAGUGAUCCUGCAAAAAGGCAAACAAACGAAACAGAAACAACUGACACAAAAAGUAUAGAGGAAACUACAACCGUGACAUUAGAUAGCAAAAGUGAUGCAUCGGACUCAGCAUCUGUUGGAUCAGAUGCUGGCGCAUCUAUAUCAGACCUUGAAGAUUCAUUUGGAGGUCCGGCACCCGAAACUCCCGGAGACUCAGAAAUACCACCACCAAAGAAAAACGGCUUCUAUUGGAUGUUAGAUUGGAACAGCUUUUUAGAAGUAGGAGACGGUGAUACCAAAGUCAACAUUCGUUUUGAACCAAAAUUAGGCGAUCCACAAAUGUUUUUGCCUAUAACUGUACCGUAAUUGUUGUUUUAGGUUUGAGUAGUAUUCUAGUCUUAAGGGUAAGUGUGAGUAAGUAACGUAUAUUUUAUUUGAGCGAAAAAGCGUCUGGUUUUAGUACUGUGUACUAUGCAAAACAGCAUAUUAACUUCACAAAGAUUACUUUAUUUUUAUACUUAUAAAUUAUUCGUUAGCUUAAGCAAAGGCUACUUCGUUUGUCCCGGGGAACAAAAUCGUAAAAUCAAUUUUUUACAGGAAAAAUAAAAGAAGGAAAUCCUAUUUUGUAGGAUACUAAGUACAUGACAUUUAUAUUACUUAUAUCAUGUUUUUUGUAAAUAACAUUUUCCAAAAGUAAAGUUUGUAAAUAACAUUUUUAAAACAGUAGUAAUAGUGCUUUACUACUUUGUUCCCCGGGGCUACCGAUAUAUUAUCAUCUUUUAAUAGAUUGCAAACUACGAUUAAGAGUGAAAUCGAUGGAAUGCAGUGUCUGCUAGACCAGUAACUUAAUGAAAGUGAAUUAGCAUCGCGUGCACCGUGCAACGAUACACUAAAUGAUAUGCCAUUUGUAUAUAGUUAUCUUCGUAGAUAGACAUUGCUUAUUACUUAAUUCUCUUUAAUUUACAUAAAAUAUUUAAAGUAGCGUUGUAGAAGCAUAACAAUCGCUUGUAAUAUUAGUUAGGCGUUUGAAUCAGUACUUGCUCGUACAAUGAAGAAAAACAUAGUGUGGAAAACAGGAUGUCCAGGAGUCAAAAACUACGGCAUGUGUACAGUAUCCUGAUCACCUACUUGUAUGUACUUGUAGUUGACGUGACCACGAAAAUGUAUAUAUACAGUUUGCGACGGUUAUUUUAUAUAAUACGUAUUCAAUAGAAAUUAAACGUUCAGUUUUGAUUGAUUAUUAUUGUAUUAUUAACUACAGAAUCAGUCUAAAUAUAAAGAUAUUUGUAGUGCAUUCAAUACAACAUUUUAUCACAAUUAUUUAGAAAUAUAA